CGGAACGGGUGCAAGCCAGAGCGCAGAAAUCCCUCGGCGAAGAGGGCAGGAGCCGUGCGGACACAGGCGCUGGCUGGGCGAGGCAGGGAGGCACCGCUGGGGCUGCCAGCGGGGCAGGAGAGGCGCCGAACCCCCCGGCCCAGGCUGCGAUAACCCUCGGCGGCUCCGAGGAGCGCAGCUCAGCCCGGCUCCCCCUUCGCGCCCUGCGAGAGCGGCUGGGGCGCUACGGCCGCCCUGGGCCGGCCUCCUCCCGCCAGCCGAGUCCCCUCCUCCCCGCUGCCUUCCCGGCGGGGGCGGUCGCGGGCGGCCGAGCCGCUCGGGGCCCGGCAGCGCUGCCCAUGGGGGAAUGCGGGGUGCCCCCCCAGGUCCAGCUCUUCCUCCGCGCCUGCGAGCAGGGCGACUGCGAGACCGCCCGACGCCUCCUGGGGCUGCCCGGCGGCGGCGGUCCCGCCGACCCGGCGGCCCCCUCCUCCUCCUCGUGCGGCGCCGAGGAGACGGCGGCGGAGCCCCGCGGCGAAGCGUCGUCCCCGCCGAGCCCCGCCGUGCCCGUGGACUGCACGGACGAGGCCGGCAACACGGGGCUGCAGUUCGCCGCGGCGGGAGGCCACGAGCAGCUGGUGCGGUUCCUGCUGCGGAAGGGCGCCUCGGUGCAGAGCAGGAACCACUACGGGUGGAGCCCCCUCAUGCAAGCGGCCAGGUUUGGACAUCUAAGCGUGGCCCACAUCUUGCUGGAGAAUGGUGCUGAUCUCAAUGCACAGAACAAGUUAGGGGCCAGUGUUCUCACAAUGGCCUCCAGAGGCGGUCAUAUCAGCAUGGUGAAACUGUUGCUGGAAUCCGGAGCUUUUGUGGACAAUUAUGACCAUUUUAGCACAAAUGUACUUAACAGCAGCAGAGAUGACCUUCCUGAUAUCACUCCGCUGAUGGCAGCUGCUCAGCAUGGACAUGAGGCAGUGGUACAUCUGUUGCUAGACUGGGGAGCUGAUUGUAACUACACUCUAAAGACAGUGGGCUGGAGUCCUUUAAUGCUGGCAGCUGGCAGUGGAAAGGUGAGCUUGGCACAGCAGCUCAUGGAGAAAGGUGCCAAUCCUGAUCACUUGAAUGUACUACAUAAAACACCUUUAGAAAUCUCUGUUGGCUUCAAACACAAAGACAUGAAGGACUAUUUGGAAUCUCUCACAACCAUUAGGCCUCAAGCAGAUGCAGAAAAGAGGCAACCUGAUGUCUUUCAUGCUUUGAAACUCGGAAACUUUCAGCUGGUUAAAGAGAUCAUUGAUGAAGAUCUGAGUCAGGUUAAUAUUACCAAUGUUGAUGGUGCAUCUCCUUUAAUGAUUGCAGCUGUCACUGGACAGCUGCCCUUUGUUCAGCUCCUUGUUGAGAAAAAGGCUGAUAUUGAUAAGCAGGAUAAUGUUCAUGGCUGGACAGCACUAAUGCAGGCCACAUACCAUGGGAACAAAAAUGUUGUAAAGUAUUUGUUAAAUCAAGGAGCUGAUGUUAACCUUCGUGCAAAAAAUGGAUACACAGCUUUUGACCUGAUAAUGCUGCUGAAUGAUCCAGAUACAGAGCUUGUAAGGUUACUGGCAUCAGCAUGCAUGCAAGUAGAUAAAGAUAAGAAUAAACUCAACAACAGAUCAUCUCUGCCUUGUUCCAGAAGUAGGCAAUCCUUAAAUGUCCCAAUGUUGCCAGAUGACAAAGGAGGCCUAAAGUCCUGGUGGAGCAGGAUGUCCAAUCGAUUCCGCAAGCUGAAGUUGACUCAGACAUUGCGCCAUGGAUUUCCUUCUAAUCAGUUUGUGCCUUUUCCGGAUGAGGCUGAACCAUCGUUAAAUUGCACUAUAAAAGUAGCCUCACAGAAUGAUACAGACAUCUCUGGAAACCUUGAUGCUACUACAGCUUGGAACGCAAAUAACAAAGCUAGUGGUGCAAACACUGUGAAAGGAGAAAAGGACGAUGAAUUAUUGACAACUAUGCUGAGGAGUAGUGCUCCAUUUACCAGGCUGCCCAGUGAUAAGCUGAAAGCAGUGAUACCACCUUUCUUACCACCCUCAAGCUUUGAGCUUUGGAAUUCUGACCGAACCCGACUCAGCAAAGAUGGCAAAGCUGAACAGAUGAGAACUGCCUGGCCACAGAGAGCAAUCAAGCAUGAUUUUAACAGCAGUGGGAACUCUGAUACAACAUCUGUUAGCAAAGGUACUAGACCAGUCAAAUUACCAACAUUUGCAAGAAGACCAGCAUCUCCUUCAAAUUCCAAUAACUUUAGCCAUUCUCCUCAUUCUUCUGGUGGAUCCAAUAACAUUGCAGGAAUUAACAGGCAUGGAGGAGAACUGCAUAACAGAUCAGGUGGCAGUGCAGAUAAUGUUUUGUCUCAGAUUGCAGCCCAAAGAAGAAAAGCAGCAGGUUUACCUGAACAGAAACCCAGCCAACAGCAUAGUCCAGUCCAGUCCACUCCUUCAUCUGCUGUGUCAGAUUUGCAGUGUGCUCAGAUUGUUGGCAGUGGACAAGUUGUAAAGCAAAAACUGGACACGAACAAAAGACCUCCAUCUGGGACUUCAUCUACAUCCAAAAGCACAUCACCAACUCUCACACCUUCUCCAUCACCUUCCCCAUCUCCUAAGGUUCAAAAUGCAGAGUCUUCUGUGUCUUCCUCUCACAGACACGCCAAGAGCAACGGCUCCAGCAGUGGUACUAUUACAGAGGAUGGCAACCAUUUGGUGGACCAUCAACAACUUGGCCCUAUUCUGAGAGCCAGUGAUGUCGAGAAUUAUGAAAGACGAAACCAUGUGAGAGUAAAAGAAGGCUCUGAAAACUUGGAGAAAGAUGAGUUGACUGGCAUCCUUAAAAAAUUGUCACUUGAGAAAUAUCAGCCUAUAUUUGAGGAGCAGGAGGUGGAUAUGGAAGCUUUCCUCACACUUACUGAUGGUGAUCUGAAAGAGCUGGGUAUUAAAACAGAUGGAUCAAGGCAGCAAAUUUUGGCAGCUAUUUCUGAACUGAAUGCAGGAAAGGGUCGAGAGAGACAGAUUUUACAAGAAACUAUACACAACUUCCAUUCUUCCUUUGAGAGUAGUGUUAGUAACACACGACCGCCAGGUCAUUCCCAAUUUCUCAGCACAGUCUGCAUGUGUGGGAGCUUCUGGAUGUCUCUUGGUAACAUCCCAGAGUUGAAGAGCCGCUUCUGUAAGGUAUUACUAGGUGAGCAGAAGCUCUAUGGGAUUUGAUUACACAAAGAAGUGGAAUUACUCAAGAACCAAAGAAGCAUAGAGAUGUGAUGUAUCGCCAAGCAACUUGCUGACCUUAAGUGUCUUGAAGACAUCAGAGGACAAGAAUGGUGGCUCAGUGUUGGGGACAACAUCCUUUUGUAAAAAUGGAGGCAACAGUUGCUCUUGUUGAGCUUUUGAUAAGAGGCUGCAAGAAGACUGCCAUCAGGUAUCUGGCUUUUGCGUUUUUGUGUAUGAGAGCUCCGUGAUACAGAUUUGGCUGUGAAACAGAAGCACUAACAGAGAAGAGGAAGAGGACAUGUAGCUAAAAGAAGCUUCUGCACCAGGUAAGCUGCUUUUUGUUGUAAAAAGUAGCAGUGGAAUCCUUAUGCAGUCUCUGGAACUUGAAGUAAUUUCCAGGAAUGUAUAAUAUUUUAGAGCAUAAGAGCAGCUGUACCAAGGCAGAUCCAAGGUCCAUACAGUUGUGUUCAACUUUUUCAUCCAGUCUCAUCUGACGCUGAUUUGAAGAGCUACUUGUUUUCAUUUUCUGUGAGCUUGCCAUGUCCUGACUUCCUUUGCUUCAUCAUACUGGAUCUGAAGAUACAGUGAGCAGCUGAUUCCUCUUCACUGCCUCCAUGCCACUGAUGAUUUUACAGAUCACUGUGAUAUCCUUCUUCAUUCAUGUUUUUUUUGAGGGGAAGGCUUAUAGGCUGCUUUGUUAUUCCCCAUAUCAUAGGUUUUCUAACCUCUUUUCCUUUUCUGUUAUUGUCUUUUUAAGACUUGGGAGGUACCAGCCUAGCAAACAUUAUUCAAUAUGUAGGCAUAUUAUGGAUUUACAUGACAGACUGAUGUUUGUUUUUCAGUUGGGUUCUGUGCUUUCCAUUCUCUUGCCCUUUUCUAGUUAUUUCUGGUACUUUGCCGUGUUGGCUGUAAUUGAAGACAGAAUUGGUAUUAAUUUGAAUUACCUCUUACAACCCAGCUGAUCUACUGAAUUUGAGCUCAUAGCCUAUAAUUUUAUAUAAACACACAUACAUCAUCUUUUCCAUUUGCCUUACUUCAUAUUACUUCAUAUUUAUCUUCACCAAAUUUUGUCACUAUCUUAUUGUUUAGGCACAGAUGUCAUAUGACAUCUUUUUGCCAGUCUUCUGUAUAUCUUUAUUUUUAUUUAUAUGGAUAACUUAGGAAGGUUUUUCUCUUCACUCUAUAUGCCCUUUCAAAAUCAUAUAUUGAAUAUACUGUUCAUAUCCUGAAUAUCCUCUUGCAGAUGCCUAUGAAAUACUAGUGGUCAAUCUCUCUACUAUGGAAAAAUCACUAUUUACUGCAAACUUCUAUCCUCUGCCUCCCUAAGAAAUUAUUUAUCCACACAAGAAAUUUUAUUUUUACCUUGUGGGUUCCUUGUUAUCUUGAGGCUAACCUUGGACCUUGUGAAAUGCCUUGUCAAAAUCCAAGCAUCAAAUGGACCUCUUUUAUCUACAUGACUGCUGGCACCUUCAAGGAAUUCUAGUAGGUUGGUGAGGCAAGACUUCUAAAAUCCCUUCUUGAUUGUUUCCAACAAAAUUUCAGAUUGUUGGUUGGUAUUACUGUCCACCUCACUGGUCUGUUUCUCUACAUUUCCUGUUGAACCAUUAAAAAGAUUUGUGUCACUGUUACCACAUCUCAGUUAUGUGACAGUUUGAACAACAACAUGUGUUCUGCACACAGCAGUUCAGCUGUUUAAUCUUUCUGCUUCUCUAGGAUGUCUAGCUUAGAAAUUUUCUAUUACUUGCUUUGUGUAUUUGUUUCAUAUUCUUUUUUGCUAGUACUUCCGGUUAAGCUGUCUUGGACUCCCACAUAAAGGUUUCUGAAAUGGAAUCCUUCCACCCCAUCCCAUGCCAGGGACACUAGGUUAGGCUGUGUGAAUUCCUUGCUACAGUCCUUGCCUGACUGGCAUAAGGCAGAGGAGUGUAAAUGAUUCAGAGGUUACUGGACAUCCAAGCCAUUAGGUUUGGAGGCACUAUGAAUUCUGAAUAGGCAAACAGUACUUGCAUGGGCAAUGUUGCCUCCAUCUCUUUUUUAAAUGGAAAUUAGUUGGUCAUUUUUAGAAAAUUCUGAUAAAAUUAUUCAUUCCAAGACUGAACAUUUUGGCAGGUUUUGACACUUUGGUGGUUUGACUACUACUAUUACAUCUUGGAAAAUUGACAAUGCACCCUCUCCGUGAUAAUAUAAAUUACUAGGAAGAUACUGCUCCUUUAUAGCCCAGUGAAUGUGUCCUCCAAACACAGAAUUACUGUGCUGCUUUACCAUUUAGAGGAGAUAACCAGCCCAUGGAAGCAUGAGGCAACAUUACUGCUCUGAGGAACAAAAUGUCUGGAUCCUUUAUCUGGAUUCCAACUUCAGUGAAACAGCAAGUGGCAGCAUAAAGUCCAGCUCUCUGAGAGAAUGGGAUUUAACAAAUAGUAUUAUCCCAGGAAAAGAUUCUGUUUGUGGUUUGAGGUGACCUUAACAGGAUUCUGGUAAAAAAGAUUGGACUUUCUGAAUACCUAGUUGUCCGGACUAACUGUUUAGUUUAUUUUGGGGGGCUGUGUUAAGUUUCAUGCUCCCAUUAACUGAGUGCAAUCAAGAGGUUGAACAGAUCUGGCAGCGGUUGGUACGUUAAUUGAAACAAAUUGCACCAAAGAAGACAGAGUUGCAUUUCAACACAAACUUGCCAAAUCAGAAAUAAAAAGCUAAAAAAAAAUCAUGUGAAUUCUUAUGAAAAAAAAAGAGGGGGGGGAGGAGAAAAGCAAAUGAAAUAAUUUCCUCCAGAAGAGUAGACAUAAAAUCUUACAUGCUAGUUAUGCUAGUUAUAAUAAAUGUGUAAGGAAGUGUUACAUGUUAAAUCCUCUGAUGAAAAAUGGAAACAAUUCAUGGAAGUUCCCAUGCCCAUUUAUGGCUUGCAACAGAAUUUGCCAUUUCUGCAAAAAUGGCAUGAAAAAUGCAAGAGAACAUCCAAGGUUUAUACUUAGAAGGACACAAUCUUUUUCUGCUAGAAUAUUUCUUAAACUCAUUAUGAAAAAUCCUAUUAAGAUUUGUUGGGGGUAAAGCUAAGUACCAGUUAACUUAGUUUGCCUUUUAAUGCCGAGUUUAUUGAAAUGUUUGAAAGAAAAAGAUCAGCCUUGUCACUUGGUACAGGCAUCCAGCUACUCUUCCCCAUCUAAACAACACUUCUAAUAGGUGGAAAGAAAAGAGAAAAUCCAAAAUCUGGCAGGGGCAAUGAACAAAGCCAGGAGAUAGAUAUCAAAAGAAUAAACUGAAUAGUCUCCAGACAAAAGUUUAAAGGAAGAAUAGCUCUACCUAUGAUCAAAAAAAAAAAAAAAAAAUUAUGCCAUUCAGUCUAUAGUUAUUGGAAAUUCUGGUCUUCCUGUUUCUUUUUACAUAUUAUAGUAUGUUACAUAUAUUGAUAGAUACAUACAUACCUGCAGAUACAGAGUUAUUUGGGUAUUUAUUUUCAUUUUUGGAUUCACACUCAAAAAUAUCAAGUGGAAAUUAUCCAGAGGAGGGAGUUAAGAGAUUGAAGAAAGAGAAGUAAAAACAGGAGCAAAAUCAAUACAGAUUUGCAUAUAAAAAUCAUAUAGGAUCCAGAUAAUUGCUUACUGGAAAGGUGCACAUUAAGAAAAGAGGGAUACUGGAAACUUUGUGGCAGUAGGUGACCUUUUCACACACGAGUUUGACUUUUUAUACCGUAUCUUUAAAGGAGACAGCUUAAGAUGAGUAAAAUGAAUUACAGGAUCAAACUUAGAUACUGGUAUAACAAGUACAUUGGGAAAUGUGGGCCUGUUUCCAGUAGUUGUGGAAUUAUUCUCUUGUUUACAGCUGUGAGUCUUGCUGGUUGCAGUUUUUCAGACUUCUUUUUUUUUUUUUCCCUCUUACAGCUCCUGGCUGCUCUUUGAAACCACAAGAAGCCAUUUCUUCUAAAAGAUAGCUGCUGUAACAAAAGUGUGGUUUUAUUUUUUAUGGUGAAGUUUGGCAUCUGACUAAGUGAAUCCAUACAAAUCCAUACAAAUGAAAAUUUGAAAAGUUAGUCCUGACUACACUGACAUAGGAUUUUCUGCAGUAACAUGCUUAAAAUACAAAACCCUCAGAAAGGCAAAGAAAAUAAUAAAGAGAUUGCCUCUAUAGUUCAACCUAAGUAUUGAAUUGUUGAAAGCAUCAGUGGUCUGAAUUUAAGAAGAGCAAAGUCAGAAGAGCCGGAAGAAUGAAUGAACACACAAGAAGAUGGAUGUUUCAUUCCACUCUUGGCAAUAGGUGAAGAAUCCAUGGGAGACCAAGAUGGGCACAGACAAGAGCAACAAAAACAUGGAAGAAGGCAAGAAGGACACCACAGAUUGUGACCCCUUCUACAUGGAGAAAUACAUAAGCUGAAUAUGCCUCUAUUGAUUGGAUACAGAUAAAGUAGUCUAGAUUGAAAAUGUCAUGAUUUAAUGGGAAGAAAUAUACAGGAGAAGAAAUGCCGUAUUCUUCAAUAAGCAAAAUAUACUUUAUCUAUUCAAUAUUAUGAGGUUAGAACGGCAGUAAAAAGUAAAAACAAAAUACCUAUUUGUAAAAACAGCACUUUGAGCAAAUGCGUAAUCCGUCACCAAUAUUUAAACAGAAAAGAAUGUUAAAAUAUUUUAUAUUGCUGACUUUUUUUGUGAAUAAAACCAUUUACAUGAUAUUGGCUGGGGGUUUUUUUUGAAUAGUAACACUAGAAUAUCCUUAAAAAUACAUUUUUAUAACUUGAUUUUGUAGCAAUUUUUAAACAAAAGUUACAGUAAUUACAAGUAGAAAUAAUUCUCUGCUUAGUAAAUACCAUUUUUGUUAAGCAGUUAAAAUGCAAAUCAUCAGGAAUUAAAAUAGAAUUCAUCAGAAGCCUCUGACACUAUAUUUAUCUUUCGGAAGACUCAAGUACUGCAGGUAAGGGCAAGAAGAUCUUGGAGCUCCAAUUACCUGAGUGCUCUCAUUAUAUAACUAAAGAUUUUACAUUUCUCCAUGCUCUUCACUAUACUGACAGUUCAUGUCUGCUUUUUCUGCCUUUGAGAGGAGGUAAAGUUUGAGACAGAGUCCUGUAUUGUGUGUCUGUGUCAGGGCUGGCAUGAACAGCUCUGAACUCCACUGUAAGUCGCGGAGGUCUGGUCGGUACCAUCACCGGGGCCUCAAAACUCAGUAUCUCACUGGGCCAGACCAGAAGUUUGAUUUAGUUGUUCAGACCUCUACUGGCAUUUGCCAGGCCCUAAGGCAUCCAAAGCACCCAGAAGGGAUGCCAGACAUGACACUACAUGAGGGUUAUGAUCAGGUUAUACCUUGCAGCCCUUGGACAAAGAGACCAUUCAGAGAUGCGGACUGUAAUUUCAUUGACUUUCCUGAUUUGUCACAGACUUUCAAAGGUGAAUACUUUUUUUUUGUUCCUGUUUCUGUUCAUUUUCUGUGCCCUCCUUUUCAGUUUAAAUGAAAAUCUUUGUUGUCAAAGUUUGCUUACCUCAAAAUGAAAAGUGAUACCUUCUGAGUUUUACCAAAGAAGGAAUUCCUGGAAAAACCAAUUCUUGUUAUGAUUCAGUCUAGCGUUAUAGGCUUGACUAAUCUGGAGUUAUUAACCUAAGAUUUUACUGAGGAGUACUGUUACUUUACAAGAAGCUUUUAUAAGUUUCUUUGAAUUUAAUUUUCUUUUUCUGUACUUUGUGCAUUAAUGAGGGUCUGAUUUUAAAUAAAGAUACUUUGUUAUCUGGAAAUUA